AUGCAAAUUAACGCUCGAGAUGGGAUUCAAAUGAAAAAUGCUCCUGGCAAAAAUAGAAUAUUGAUGUUAUCCCCAACUAGACCAGUUAGUUGCUGUCGUUGUGUGGUUAUCAAUAUGGCCAAUAUUCCAAUUCAUAGCACACCCACACACCAGCUGUGAUACAAAGAGCUACACUCGCAUAUUGUAUCUGCAUUUAUGAAAACGCCACAGUUCGGGUGGGGGACUAUCAAAAUGCAUGCCAAGAGGCAAACAACAAAACCGGGCUACACGGGAUGCCGCAACAUGGCAAACAUGAAACCGAAACCGAAAACUGUAACUAAAACUGCGGAGAAAAUCACCUCCCAGGCCACCCACACAAAUGCUUACUCUAGGCGGCCAAAAUUGAAACAAAAAAACCCAGAACGGGCGAAAUUUGCAUGCAUAUUUACAAACUUUCGUUCGGAAAAGUCAGACUGA